CUUACGCUCACCGGCCCAGUGCGUGCACGCGCCAAUCUCACCGCUCUGGAGAGCCGAGCAACGAACGGCGCCGCCGUGGCUCCGCCGGGCCCCGAGGGGCUCUCUCGCCGGAAGGUCCCCUCCUCCUCCGCCGAAACCCUAAACCUAGCCCGCGACCGAAACCCUAGCCGCCGCUCCCGCCGCCGCUCCGACCCCGAUAUCCCCUUCUGGCAAAGCUACUGGUUCCUCGCGCUCCUCCUCCUCGUGGCCUUCGGCUUCCUCGCCAUCUCCGUCUCCCUCUUCCUCGGCCUCGACCUCCCCGACUCCUCCCCCUCCCCUGACCCUGACUCCGCCGUCCCCGACGCCGAUGAGGGCGUCGAGAUUACGUAUGGAUCCGUGAUCAAGUUGAUGCACGAGAGGACCAAAUUUCGAUUGCAUUCGCACGAGGUGCCCUACGGAUCGGGCAGCGGACAACAGUCGGUUACCGGAUUUCCCAAUGUUGAUGACUCUAACAGCUACUGGAUUGUGAGGCCUCGACCUGAUUCAUCUGCAAAACAAGGUGAUCCAAUACCAAACGGAACAAUUAUAAGGUUACAACACAUGAGGACUCGAAAAUGGCUUCAUAGCCACUUGCAUCCAUCCCCUAUAACCGGCAACCUGGAGGUCAGCUGCUUUGGAGGUGAUAGUCAGUCAGAUACUGGAGAUUUUUGGCAGCUUGAGAUAGUGGGCGCUAGGAAAAUAUGGAGACAAGACCAAAGAAUAAGACUUCGCCACAUUGAUACCGGUGGUUAUCUCCACACUCAUAAUAAGAAAUACACGCGCAUAGCAGGAGGGCAGCAAGAGGUUUGUGGUGUUGGUGACAAGCUGCCCGACAACGUAUGGCUGGCGGCUGAAGGCGUCUAUCUUCCGGCGAAUGGAAAUAAGUAAAUUGCUCCGUCUUGUCGCAAAGUACAUACUGUUGAUUUGGUGGGACAACCAAACUCCGCUGUAGAGGGUUUUUGCAUCAGAUCGAUCAUACGGUGUACCAACUUUGGAGUCCUUUUCGCGCAGUUCUUUUGGGAGUAGCAAAUUAAGAGCUCUUUAAUAUAUAUAUAUAGUUUCCUACGCUAAUUUGGGCCUCAAUUUUUUUCCCCCCUUCUCUCUUUAGAUGUAAUGAGAUACUGUGACAUCUAUACAUCUCGAUAGACACCGAAACUAAUGCUAGUGUGUUAGUUCCAAUAUCCAUAUCCUGGCACAUGUCUACCUUUUGAACUGGUUGAUUGCUCAAUUCUUGUAGACACUUUCCUUUUUCUUUUCUCUUUCAUAUGCAUAAUAUAUAUAUAUCUUUUAUAAUUGUAUACAAUGUAA